GCGGCGACUGUAGCGUCACCUAUCCCUGUCUGUUUUCGUAUUCCGGUUCCUGGGGGCGGUGGGUGUUCAAUUUUAGCCGGUGUGCUUCACAAAACAGAGUUUUUACAAAUAAUGAUACGAUUCAUCCUUAUCCAGAACCGAGCUGGAAAGACUCGUCUUGCGAAAUGGUAUAUGAACUUUGACGACGACGAGAAGCAAAAAUUGAUUGAAGAAGUUCACGCUGUGGUCACAGUGCGUGAUGCUAAGCACACAAACUUCGUUGAGUUCCGCAACUUCAAAAUUGUGUACCGUCGCUAUGCGGGCCUGUACUUUUGCAUCUGCGUGGAUGUGCACGACAACAACUUGGCUUACCUCGAAGCGAUUCACAACUUUGUAGAAGUCCUCAACGAGUAUUUCCACAACGUCUGCGAGCUGGACCUCGUGUUCAACUUCUACAAGGUUUACAGUGUCGUGGAUGAGAUGUUUCUUGCCGGAGAGAUCCGGGAAACGAGCCAAACAAAAGUUUUAAAGCAGCUGCUAGUCUACAAUUCACUGGAGUGAAAGUUGAAGAGUGCAGUAACUGUCACAGGACAUUCCUUUUUCUUCUGCCACCAUACAUUUUCUGUCUUUAAGCCUUGUCUCUGUCUUCUGAUUACUGUGUAUCCCCAACUGUGUGUGCAAUACUCAUUCCAAGUUGUGCUAUACAACCCCCUUGCUUCAUGCAACCCAGUUGCACAGGGAGUUAACACAAACAUUCAGAUGCACCAUUCAGUAUGUAUAUAACGAUCAAAAUUCCUCAUUUUGAGCAGAAGGUGCUUCUUGAAUCUGUUCUUUUGUUCUGGCAGCAUUAAACCAAGUUUCAUAUAGAGGUAUUGUAGAUGGUUGUCUUAGCUUAUGUUCAUGUUAUAAACCGUGUUUUGUACUAUGUGAAACUGUAGGCAAGAGAUGUACUUAGGCAUUGAUGUAUAUAACUAUUUAUAGCAGAAGUCACUGUGCGUGCAUCUGAAUAAAAUUUUGUGAAGUUUA